AUGAGCAAUCAUCGAGGACAUCCUCGUAAAUCAGGCUCUCCGCCCCCAUCUUACAAGCCGUAUUCUAGUACUUCUUUCCGAGGAUACACUAACCCACCAGCCAAUCAUAAUUCAAACAGUAGUUUACGGCCAUAUGUAAACGGCUCUCAGUCUCGAGCAGCAACUACUGUCCAGCGACUACCUGAUCUAUUCCAGCCACCUACGUCUGAAGGACUUAUUGAUGGAUUUAAAAGAGGCGGUCACUUUGAUGCUCUACGAAAAUCCCUUUUGGAAGACUUCCAAGUUAGUGCACAAGGAAAGCACCUUGCUGAUCAACUCGACGCUUAUCUAAAGACACAAGCGAACAGGGUGAUGGACCAAACCAAGCUGUUUCCUUCUACCGAGGAUGCACUUUCUGGAAAUGUUGGCAUGCAGGCUCACUUGCUAUCUGUACUGAAUAAAUCCCCUAUUCUGGAUCAACUUCCACAGGCAAUCAAUAGUCACUUGGCAUCCGAGGACAAUCGACGACGUAUUCGAAACGGAGUCUAUAGAGUAUUGGACAAAAUCCGCAAUGAUGCUCGCCAAGCUGCAAAGGAGGAAAUGGAAAACAAAGCAAUGGCUUCCGAACCAAUAGUAGAUUCUAAAUCAACUGUCCUGCCGGUUAGCAAGUUGAUACCUUUUGCUUCAAAUCCAUUAGAAAAUGCAUCAAAAAUAACUGAUGGAGAUCGUCUCAAUCAAUCCACUAAUAUCCUUACAGGUCUUGAACCGCACACACAAAAGACCACCAAUGAGCCAACUGAGUUGCUUACAACUGACGAACUUUCCAAACAAAGCAAGAUGGAUUCAGAACAUGAGGUUGGAGAAUUGAGCGAGUCCUCCACAGAAAACACAGCCAGUGCUACACUGCCGGAUGAUCUAAAAUCUGCUGUAACUACAUCUUUAGUUGAAAAUAAUCCGUCUCAUUCCCAGUCAGAAUCCUAUGCGCCUUCCAACAUCCAAACAACAGACCAUCAUGAAGAUAAAAGUGAUGUAUAUUUGCACGAUUGUAAAGAUAUGCAAGAAAGUAACAGCCAGUUUGAUAAAAAUCAAUCUACUACUGAAAACUUGAGUGACGAUACUCCUAUGACCGAAUCCACACACAAAACACAGCUCGAUGAAGUAGGGCCAAAUAGUAUGAUACUCUCUUCAACUGUUAAUGAUAAUUCAGCAAAAAAGCGAAUUGUCAGUGACACUAUAGAUUCUUCCAAAGAAUUGUCUGUGAAGCGGCCACGACGGUCAACACUACGUGAAGAUGUUCAAUCCAACUCGCCUUCAACAUCACAUGGCAACCACCAAUCCAUUGGCAAAGAUUGUGAUCAAGAUUCUUUUCGUGGAACUAUUUUGGAUCAUAGCCAGACUGGAGAUGACGGCUCUAGUGAUGCUGAUGCAAAAGACAUUGGUCUAUCCAAACCACUUCAAGGUAAAGCCACAGUCAAAUCCUUAACCCAAACCACAAUAGACUCUUCUGAUAAUACAGCUCAACCAUCAAAAAAAGAACAUACCACAAGCGCAGAUUCACGUAGCAAACCUAAUUCAAAACGACUGAAUAGCGAACGUAAAGGAAAGUAUCGCAUUGGCUCAGUUGUAGCAGCAUUUGUGUUGGUAGAAGAGGAAGAAAGUGAUACAGAGGAAGGGCAUAGUAGCACCAACUCUACACCCAAGGAAUCGUGUUAUCAGGUUGUCAUUGAUUCAUUUGAUCCUGCUACUCAAAGAUAUCAUGUUGUGGAUCCAGAUCCAGAUUCAGAUUGUGAUCAGACUGCUUGGGACGUGCUGGAACAUAAAAUUGUCGAUUUCAAAGGACUAGCCAAGGAAAAACGUUCUUAUGUUGUUGGUGAUCGGGUAUAUUCAUUGUUUCGAGAUAAUGACGACAGUGAUGAGGAACAAACAACAGAGUUUUAUCCAGCAGAAGUGGUUCGCGUUCUCAAGACUGGUGUUGCUGUUCGGUUUGAAGAUGGCGAUCCCAGCGUUGCCGCGUAUGAUGAGAUAUUCAAAGUAGACGAUAUCGAACCUUGUCCAUAA